UCUAGAUUCUAGUUCUAGAAUUGCCGUUGCUGAGUGUGAAAAGUUCAUAUCUAAGAAGCUGUCCAGCAUGGAGGUGGAAACAGAUGUGUUAGCUGCAGUUUCAUCUACUCUAGAUAUACAGUCAAAUGAAUUAACAGAGUUUUCAUCUUCUGAAGAUUUGAAACCAUCUUCUGCUGGCAUCAAAACAGAAUUAUUGUCAUUUCUUAAUUUUCAGAAUAUAAAACCGGACAUGACAUUUAAAACUUCUCAAGAUGUUGAACCUAAUGUUAAUUCAGAAUUUUCUUCUUCUAAUGACAUAAAACCAGAUUUACCAUUUUUUAAUUUCCAGGAUAUACAACCUAACAUGUCAUUUAAAACUUCUCAAGAUGUUAAACCUGAUAUUACAUUUUCAAUUGAAAAAAUUAAUAAGAAACCUGCUGCAUUAGCAGAAUUUUUAACAUCUGAAAAUUUAAAACCAGAAUUAUCAGCUACUGAAAAUUUAAAACAAGAUUUCACAACAGAAUUAUUAGCAGAAUUUUCAACAUCUGAAAAUUUAAAACCAGAAUUAUCAGCUACUGAAAAUUUAAAACAAGAUUUCACAACAGAAUUAUUAGCAGAUUUUUCAACAUCUGAAAAUUUAAAACCAGAAUUAUCAGCUACUGAAAAUUUAAAACAAGAUUUCACAACAGAAUGUUUAUUUUUUGAGAAUAAACAAGAAAACGGACUUGAAGAAAAUCUACAAUUGUCUAGAGACAAUGAAAAUAAGAUUGUUUAUUAUCAUCAAAAGUUUUCUCAAAGUUCUAAAAGUAAUAUGCAUAAAAAUGUUCAUUCAGAAGAUAAGCCAUAUGAGUGUGAGGUUUGUCUUAAAAGGUUUUCUCAAAGUUCUAACUUAAGUAAACAUAAAAAGAUUCAUUUAGGGGAUAAGCCAUAUGAUUGUGACGUUUGUCAUAAAAACUUUGCAGAUAAGAAUGAGCUAUUACGACAUAAAAAAGUUCAUUCAGGAGAUAAAUCACAUGAAUGUGAUGUUUGUCAUAAAAAGUUUUCUCGAAGUUUUAAUUUAAGAACACAUAAAAAGAUUCAUUCAGGUGAUAAACCACAUGAAUGUGAUGUUUGUCAUAAAAGGUUUUCUCAAAGUUCUCAUUUAAGAGAACAUAAAAAAGUUCAUUCAGGAGAUAAGCCACAUGAAUGUGAUGUUUGUCAUAAAAAGUUUUCUCAAAGUGCUCAUUUAAGAGAACAUAAAAAAGUUCAUUCAGGAGAUAAGCCAUUUGAAUGUGAUGUUUGUCAUAAAAGGUUUUCUAAAAGUUCUCAUUUAAGAGAACAUAAAAUUGUUCAUUCUGGAGAUAAGCCAUAUGAAUGUGAUGUUUGUCAUAAAAAGUUUUCUCGAAGUUCUGUUUUAAGAACACAUAAAAAGAUUCAUUCAGGAGUAAGGGCACAUGAAUGUGAUGUUUGUCAUAAAAAGUUUUCUCGAAGUUUUAAUUUAAGAACACAUAAAAAGAUUCAUUCAGGAGUAAGGGCACAUGAAUGUGAUGUUUGUCAUAAAAACUUUGUGCAAAAGAAUCAUCUAUUACGACAUGAAAACGUUCAUUCAGGAGAUCAACCACAUAAAUGUGAUUUUUGCCAUAAAAGGUUUUCUCAAAGUUCUAAUUUUAGAGAACAUAAAAAAGUUUGUUCUGGAGAUAAGCCAUUUGAAUGUGAUGUUUGUCAUAAAAGGUUUUCUCAAAAUUUUAGCUUAAGUGAACAUAAAAAGAUUCAUUCAGGAGAUAAGCCAUAUGAAUGUGAUGUUUGUCAUAAAAGGUUUUCUCAAAGUUCUCAUUUAAGAGAACAUAAAAAAGUUCAUUCAGGAGAUAAGCCAUAUGAAUGUGAUGUUUGUCAUAAAAGGUUUUCUCAAAGUUCUCAUUUAAGAGAACAUAAAAAAGUUCAUUCAGGAGAUAAGCCAUAUGAAUGUGAUGUUUGUCAUAAAAAGUUUUCUCGAAGUUCUGUUUUAAGAAGACAUAAAAAGAUUCAUUCAGAUGAAAGGCCACAUGAAUCAUGAUGGAUGUGAUGUUUGUCCUAUAAGGUUUGCUUGGAAGUGUGAUUGAUUAAGACAUAAUUUUGUAGAUUUGAGAAAAAAAUUCAUAUAAAUUACUCAGAAUAGUUAUUUAGCUAAACAUAAACUUUUUUUCCCAUAAAAUUUUUUCGCAACAUUCUUAUUUAAGUGCACAUGAAAAAGUUCAUUCAGGAGACAAGCUACAUGAAUGUGGUAUUUGUCAUUAAAGAUUUUCUAGAAGUCGUAGUCUAAAUGAUGUUUUUCACAAAAGAUUUUCUCAAAUAUCUAAUUUAAAUACUCUAAAAAAAUUCAUUCUAUAUGUAAGACAGAGGAAUGGGAUGUUGGUAAGGAAAUGUUUUCUAUUAAAGUUACUUUAUAUUGCCAAAGAAAUUCAUCAGGACUUAAAACCAAUUUAAUGUCAUUUUUUUACUUUCUCGUAUAUAUGAAAUAUAAAGUCUUGUAAUCGUGCAAAAAAAAAAUCCAGAUUUUUACAAAUCUCAACAUUUUACACCUCACUGAUACGGAAAAACAUAAUUUUGCAAUCUUGUCUGUGUGUUUGUGUGUAACCACUAUAACUUGAGUACCGUUACAGCUAGGUUAAUGAUAUUUUAAAUAUAAGUAUUUAAUCAAAAACGUAGAUCGAUAUCAACUUUUAAGCCAUUUCCGAUAACCGGAAGUGGUACUUAUUCUAUUUUGAAUUUUUCAAAAGCCUAUAACUUGAGUACUAUUUCAGAUAGAUAAAUGAAGUUUCACAUGUAAGUAAAAGAUCUAUAUCUCUACUUUCAGUCAAAUUUUGAGAAAUUUCUGUUUACCGGAAGUACUAAAAAACGCAUGUAAAUUAUACAGUACUAAUAAUAUUGUGCACUAUUAUAAACAUCUUCAUUCGGCGUUUGCUUGGUGCGCAAUUCUUUUUCCUAUGAGAUUUUAUUCUAUUUUUAAAAGUUUAAGUAUUUAAAAUGGAUUAAAUAAACUUUCUCGAAUAUUCUAAUAUAAAACUACGAGGGAUGGCAACUCAGGACAUAGACAAUUGGCCUAUUUGUAAUCCAUUUUUAAUUACUUAAACUUUUUAUAAUAGAAUAGAAUCUCGUAAAAACAAAGAAUUGCACACCAAGUGAAUGCCUAAUAAAAUUUGCAUAAUAGUGCGGGAUAUUAUUAGUACUUUAUAAAUUUAUAUACCUUUUUUGAGAAAUUGGAAAUAGCGUAAAUUAGUACUUCUGGUCAACGGAAAUAACUCAAAAUUUGAAUUAGAUCUUUUACAUACAUGUGAAAUUUCAUUUAUCUAUCUGAAAUAGUACUCAAGUUAUAGGCUUUUGAAAAGUUCAAAGUAGAAAAAGUACCACUUCCGUUUAUCGUAAAUCACUCAAAAGUUGAUCAGGAUCUUCGAUUUUUAUAAAAUACGUAUAUAUGAAAUUUCAUAAACCUAGCUGUAACGGUACUCAAGUUAUCGUGUUUACACACAGACAUACGGACAAGAUUGCAAAACUAUGUUUUUCCGUAUCAGUGAGGUGUAAAACGUCGAGAUUUUUACAAUCUCGAUUUUUUUUUGCACGAUUACAAGACUUUCUCUAUACUUCGUAUAUACGAGAAAGUAAAAUCAUAACUAUAUCCCGUGUUCCCAUCCCCUGUUGUUUUAUAUAAGAAUAUUCGAGAAAGUUAGGGGAGAUCACUCCCGGUUUAUUAGCAUAAACAAUCAAUAUCUAUAGCAAAUUAUUAUUAUUAAAUUUCUUAUAAUUUUUUCUUUGCACAUAACUUUAACUAGUGGUUAACCAAUUGUGGGUCAUAGUUAAUACAUUUUUAUAUUUGUAUUAUGAAAAGAUUCUUUUGUCAAAAAGUAUACCUCGACAAUUAUUAUACAUUCUGUAAAAAAGAAAUUUAUUCUAUUAUGUCAGCUGCAUGUGUACAUUUUUUUUCUCUAUGUAUCCUACUUCUUUUUGUGUUAUUGGUAAAUAUGUAUAAUAGAUGAAGGUUUUUUUUUUAUUAUUAUUUAAAUGUAUUUGUAACAUGUUCUCAGUAUAAACGUUAUGCCAAAUCUCAGACUCCUCUCUGCAUGCUAUGUGAUUGAAAAGAGCAUAAAAUAAUUUUCUUCACAUAUUCAUAUAGGCUAUAGAAUUUUAAGAUUAACCAUACAUUUCAAUGUCAUAAAUUAACAUUUUUUUUUUUACAAAAACAGAAUACAAAUUAUAAAUUUGAAGAAAAGAAAGACUAAAGCUGCAAUUGUUACAUUUUGGUAUCUUAGUUUCAUCAUAAUGUAAUUUUUGGCUAGUUUUUAUUUAAUUUUAUAUUCCUUACUAUAAAAAAAACAAACCGUGUAAUGUACAUUCUAAUGUGAAUCAUUAGAAAUUGUAACAUGAAAAUUUUGAGAAAUAAA